AUGGAGAGCUUCGACCUCACCAACGGACCCCCCGAAAUCCAAGCCUACACCACUCCAAUGAUCUGCCUAAACCUCUAUAAUAACGCCUCCUGGCUCUACGUCUACUUCGGUAUGAUCUACCGCUCCAUCAAAGACAAGUCCUACGCCAUGCCCCUCUACUCUCAAUGUCUCAACAUCGCCUGGGAACUAACCUUCGGCCUCAUGUUCAUCCACGACUGGAAGGUCUGCGCGACCUUCCUCGUCACCGUGCCCCUAAACUGCAUUGUCGUCUGGGCGGCCAUCUCCCACGGUGCACGAGAGUGGGACCGCUCCCCCCUGGUACAGCGCCAUCUCCUCUGGUACUAUGUGGUCGGGACAGCAGUCUCUGUUGCGCUGCAUCUGUGCGCAGCCUCAGAGCUGGGAACUGAGAAGGCGUUCUUCAUCAACGCGAUUGUGUGCCAGGCGGUGCUGAGCGUGGGAUAUCUUGGGAACUUAAUCCACCGGGGAAGUACGAGGGGAUUUGCGAUGGAUUUGUGGUGGGUGUAUACCCCCCCCUUUAUCCUCACCUCCAUCAUAAAGACAGAAAAAAGCAAGAACCACAACCCAAAACAAUACCCACUGAAUGAUGAAAACAGGUUCUUCCGCUUCUCAGGCUCCCUAACCCUCGUCCCCGAAUUCUACCUGCGCGUGAAAUACUGGCCCGAGAAGUUCGGUUUCCUGGGCCAGCCCCUCAUGCUCUGGUGCUGUGCUACCUUCCUCGGCUUUGACCUGCUCUACGGGAUCUGUUUUUGGUACAUUCGGCGACAGGAACGCGAGACGGGGAUGCUGCUUGCUGAUGGGCGGAAGAGGAAGUGA